AUGAGCCAAUACUCUGCAUCCGUGCCCAACGAUGGACAGGUGAAGCCUGCCAUCCACGCUUUCUUUGAGCGUUUCUACAAGAUCUCGGACACUCCUGACGGCCACGAGGACUAUGCGAACCAAUUCACCUCGGAUGGCAAGCUCAUUAUGGGCUUGAACGAGGUCAACGGCCGCGAUGGCAUCAUAAAAAUGCGCCAUGCCAUGUGGGAGAAGGUCGCCAAACGCUCGCACAAGCCCGCUCAACUGUAUUCGUUCGGAUCUGGUUCCGACGACAUCAUGCUCUUUGGCACAGUCGACUACACGUUGAAGGAUGGCAAGGGUACGACAGUCGAUUGGGCAGCUCGUGCGCAUUUUGUUGGCGAUGGCGAUGACCUGAAGAUGGACUUCUACCAGGUCUAUCUUGUAGGUAUCGGUCGAGAAGAUUUCGUAAACGGCAUCCGUUGA